CCAACUGGGGACCAAGUGUCCAGAUGCUCAGACUGUGGGGGAGAUUUCUCGUGCAACAUACCACACUGAUGUAACUUCCUUUGGACUAUCUGUAUCUUGCAAAGGUCUUCUGCUGGCUUCCACCAGUUCAGAAGUUAAGGAUGUCAUUAGAAUACACUGGAAACCUGUAGCAGAGUUUUCUCUAUUGUAUACCCUGCUUAUGUGGUCCCUGCCAAUUAUUAGGUUCAGACAAUGAAUUACGUGGGGCAGCUGGCUGGCCAGGUGUUUGUGACCGUGAAGGAGCUCUACAAGGGACUGAACCCUGCCACGCUGUCAGGAUGCAUCGACAUCAUCGUCGUCCGGCAGCCCAAUGGCAGUCUGCAGUGCUCCCCUUUCCACGUCCGCUUCGGGAAGAUGGGCGUCCUGCGUUCCCGGGAGAAAGUGGUGGACAUAGAGAUCAACGGGGAGUCUGUGGAUUUGCACAUGAAGCUGGGAGACAAUGGAGAAGCCUUUUUCGUUCAGGAGACUGACAAUGACCAGGAAGUCAUCCCCAUGUAUCUGGCCACAUCUCCCAUCCUGUCGGAAGGAGCUUCUCGAAUGGAAAGCCAGCUGAAAAGGAACUCCGUGGAUAGAAUCAGGUGCUUGGAUCCCACCACAGCUGCCCAGGGCCUGCCUCCCAGCGACACCCCAUCCACUGGUUCCCUGGGGAAGAAGAGGAGGAAAAGGAGGAGGAAGUCUCAGUUGGACAAUCUCAAAAGAGAUGAGAAUGUCAACACGUCUGAGGAUGAAGACAUGUUUCCCAUAGAGAUGAGCUCUGAUGAGGACACAGCACCGAUGGACGGAAGCAGAACUCUCCCUAAUGAUGUGCCACCAUUCCAAGACGAUAUUCCUAAGGAAAAUCUCCCCUCAAUUUCAUCAUAUCCCCAGUCAGCAUCGUACCCCAAUUCAGAUCGAGAGUGGUCCCCCAGUCCCAGCAGCCUGGUAGAUUGCCAGAGGACUCCCCCUCACCUUGAAGUAGUGGCCGAGGGAGUUCUCUCUAGCUCUUGCCCUCCACAGUCUUCCCACUUCCGUGCUUCGGAAAGUCCUUCAGGCUCCCGUCCCUCAACACCAAAGAGCGAUUCCGAAUUGGUCAGUAGGUCUGCAGACAGGUCCACACCAAAGAGUAACCUGGAAAUGCUCUGGCUUUGGGGUGAAUUGCCGCAGGCUGCCAAGUCAUCUUCUCCACACAAGAUGAAAGACUCCAGUCCCUUAGGGAGCCGGAAGAUUCCUGAUAAAAUUCACUUUCAGGCCAUUCAUAGUGAGUCUUCAGACACCUUUAGUGACCAGUCGCCAACACUGGCCCCGGGCCCGCUGCUUCACCAGAGCAAGGCGCAGACGGAAAUGCAGUUUGUGAACGAGGAGGAUCUCGAGGCGUUAGGAGCUGCGGCCCCACCGUUACCCGUGGCCGAAGAGCUCAAGCCCCCAGCUGCCAGCACAACACAGACAAUGAACAAAACAGACUCCCCUUCCAGAAAGAAAGAUAAGCGGAGUCGACACCUGGGAGCUGACGGCGUGUAUCUGGAUGACCUCACAGACAUGGACCCUGAAGUGGCAGCCCUGUAUUUCCCCAAGAAUGGUGAUCCUGCUGGGCUCCCCAAACAAGCCUGUGACAAUGGAGCCAGGUCAGCCAACCAGUCCCCACAGUCUGUGGGCAGUUCGGGCAUCGACAGUGGUGUGGAGAGCACCUCGGAUGGCCUGAGGGACCUGCCGUCCAUAGCCAUCUCCCUCUGCGGUGGCCUCAGUGACCACAGAGACAUCACCAAAGAUGCGUUCCUGGAACAGGCUGUGUCGUAUCAGCAGUUUGCAGACAACCCUGCUAUCAUCGAUGACCCCAAUCUCGUGGUCAAGAUUGGUAAUAAGUAUUACAACUGGACAACAGCAGCUCCUCUGCUUCUGGCGAUGCAGGCUUUCCAGAAACCUUUGCCAAAGUCUUCGUGCCUCGGUUACCUUCACGUGAUUUUGGACGCCAUUAGGUUUUGCCUUUCUAAAAUUUUCAGUCCUCCCACAGCCACUGUGGAAUCCAUCAUGAGAGAUAAGAUGCCCAAAAAGGGAGGAAGAUGGUGGUUUUCCUGGAGGGGAAGAAACGCCACAAUCAAAGAAGAAAGCAAGCCCGAGCAGUGCCUGCCAGGGAAGGGCCACACUACGGGAGAGCAGCCUGCACAGCUUGGCCUAGCCCCCAGAAUAAAGCACGAGUCAUCCUCCAGCGAUGAAGAACACUCCGCCGCCAAGCCAUCCAGCUCAAGCCACCUCUCUCUUUUGUCCAAUGUCAGCUACAAAAAGACCCUGCGGCUCACGUCGGAGCAGUUGAAAAGCUUGAAGUUGAAGAAUGGCCCCAAUGAUGUGGUUUUCAGUGUCACCACGCAGUACCAGGGCACCUGCCGUUGUGAAGGCACCAUCUACCUGUGGAACUGGGAUGACAAAGUGAUCAUCUCAGAUAUCGACGGGACCAUCACAAGAUCGGAUACUCUUGGUCAUAUUUUGCCCACUCUGGGAAAGGAUUGGACCCACCAGGGCAUAGCGAAGCUGUACCAUAAAGUCAGUCAGAACGGCUACAAGUUUCUCUACUGUUCGGCGCGUGCCAUUGGAAUGGCAGACAUGACAAGGGGCUACCUUCACUGGGUCAACGAGAGGGGCACGGUGCUGCCACAGGGGCCACUUCUGCUUAGCCCAAGCAGCCUCUUCUCUGCCUUACACAGAGAAGUGAUUGAAAAGAAGCCAGAAAAGUUCAAAGUCCAGUGUUUGACAGACAUCAAAAACCUGUUUUUCCCAAACACGGAACCCUUCUAUGCUGCUUUUGGAAACCGACCUGCUGAUGUAUAUUCCUACAAACAAGUGGGCGUGUCCCUGAACAGGAUCUUCACUGUCAACCCCAAGGGAGAGCUGGUGCAGGAGCAUGCCAAGACCAACAUCAGCUCGUAUGUAAGGCUCUGUGAAGUGGUUGACCACGUCUUCCCAUUGCUAAAGAGAAGCCAUUCCUCCGACUUCCCCUGUUCAGAUACUUUCAGUAACUUCACCUUUUGGAGAGAGCCACCACCACCCUUUGAAAACCAGGACGUACAUUCAGCUUCAGCUUGAUGCCACCAAGCAUUAAAGGAUAGGUUCUGGGGACCCUGGAGCUGCUGGGAAGGCUGACAUGUGGCCAUCUGCCUAAGAGAGAAGUGUUUCUUCCUUGACCUGCCUGCCCUAGGGUGACACUGCUAAGCGUGGAGGGUGGAUGGAGGCCGCAUCUCAUCCCGUGGACCGCAUGAGGAUUAGGAGCACUAGUAGCGUGCAAAGUGGUCCUCUGUCUGGGGUAACAUGCACAGAGCUGCACACUCCAGCCCGUUCCAGCAGUUAGUCAAUGUGCAGUAUGGGUGGUGACCCCUCAGGAGAAGUGGGCUGGCUACCUGAGAGCUGUCUCAGUGUUGGCAUGCUCCCCCUUCUCCCCCCGGGAACUCUGAUGUGCACAGCUUAGGGUAGCACAAGGGCCACAUUUCCAUGACAGUGACAUCUGUGCCACCUUCCACACAUAGAGAUGGGUUUUUUUUAGAGUCUGAGUGCUCUGAAGGGAAGCUUCCAGGGCCUCAAUAGGUCCUAGCCUUCAGGCUUUGACUUUAUAGCCGCUCCCUUGCAGUAUUGCUGACUUAGUUUCACUGUAGGAGAUAAGCUCUUGACUUGCCCUGGUUAAAGAUGGCCUGUGCGGUUGGUGCAUCUCUCCCCACUCCUCAUAGCUCAAGGCUGGGCUAUUGUUUAUGCCUUAACACAUCUGCAGCAGGCAUUUGCUUUGAGCGCACUGUCUAGUUCUUCGUAACUGUGAUGCCUUACAUUAAAUGAUAGCCCCUAAGGCAGCGUCUGCUGCGUCUCGUCUGCGUCCCACCGCCAGCCAGGAAGCGCCACUAAUGAGGACUGGAGCAGCACCUAUGCCAAAGGAGAACGAUGCAGCUAAAGAAACUGGUUGUUUUUAAGAAACAUAGUUUCCAGAAGUUAAAUUAUUUUCUUUGCAGAUAUUAUUUAUUACUUUCCUCUCAUUGGGCUGCUGUUGUGAGCAUCCUAGCAGACCCUCGGGAUUGCAACUGGCAUGAGUACAUUAAAAGUUAAGUGUGCUAGACAAUCCAAAGAGCCUUACUCUGUGUACGUCACACUCAUCUUCUGGGAUUUCUGAAUCAUUAAUUUUCCUUAGCUUUUUCCAUUCAGUCUAAGGGCAAGGGAAAAAAAGCAGGAGUUCUUUAAGCUGAUAGAGGGUAGUUGUUGAACUGUCUCAGAACAAUGUGAAAAAUGAAAAGUAUUUUGGUAAAAGAUUUUGCUUUACUUUUGGAAGUUUUAUUUUUUUAAAGGGUGUUUUAUGCCUGAGAGAUCUUCCUAUUUAAAUUUUAUUGUUUGAGUCAGAGGAGACAAAAGAAAAAAAAA